AGAGAGCCAUAAAAAUGCAACUAAAAGUUUUUUUAAUAGACCAAGUAUAUAAAGGCUGAAAUGGGGUGUAAGGGGGAGGCUAGUACCAGUCAGCCUCCCCAACUGCCAAUCUCACCUGCUCGUGGUGCACCCUGCAGAUGGACCGACGAGGCUCUGGAGACCGAUAAAUGGCGGUAUAACCAUUUCAAUUCAGCUCGACUUCAUAAGUAUCACACACCGGUGUCGGGCAGCAGUGACACCGGUGCGAGAAGUCUAGGACUGCGAAUGACCAACCCGCAUGCCCAGCGUGGUUAUUUACGGGCACAAACUUCUAAGGAUACAACCAAAAACAAACAGCCCCUAGUCCCCGGUGAUCCCGCUAUUCCCGGCUCUUGCAGAGGUCGUGGUAACGGCGGGGCAAGAAGUGUCAAGAAUCUCCAGGAAAGAUUCCGCUGUCAACCCCGACGACUAGACCUAGCAACAUUUAACGCACGCACCUUAAGGACCGACGAAAAGAUGAUCGAGCUGGAAGAAGUAGUGAGCAAGUUGCGCUGGGGUGUAGUAGGUUUGUCUGAAGUCCGAAGAAAGGGGGAGGACUCGAUAACCUUGGAAUGCGCCAACUUGUUCUACUAUCUGGAGGGCGACCAACUGUCCCGGGGUGGAAACUCAACAAUUUUUUAACUCUUUGGAGACCAGAAGUCCCUCGUGAACAAUGUUGUUCGAGUCGAGAGUGUGUCGAGUAGGGUAGCGUACCUCAUAAUCCAAAUUACCAAACGGUAUUCGUUGAAGAUUAUACAGGUUUACGCGCCGACCGCGACACAGACCGACGAGGAGGUAGAGGUAUUGUAUGAGGAUAUAUCGAAAGCCAUACAUACCUUGCCCUCCUACUACAAAAUUGUGAUGGGGGAUUUCAAUGCAAAGCUGGGUAUGAGAAGCGGUUCAGAGUUGAGAGUGGAGUAAUUUGGUUAUGGGCAGCGGAACCAGAGAGGCCAAAUGUUUGUUGACUUCAUGAAGAAGGAGGGUCUGUUUAUGAUGAACUCCUUCUUCAAGAAGCCACCGCAAAGGAAAUGGACUUGGAUGAGCCCUGAUGGUUCCACAAAAAACGAGAUAUGAGACGAUUUCAUCUUGUCUACCAGACGAGAUAUAUUCAACAAUGUCUCUGUGAUCAACAGGGUCAAAACCGGUAGUGAUCACCGAAUGGUAAGAGGCACGUUGAAUAUCAACUUACAGCUGGAACUGUAACUGGUGAUAUCUACGCUCCGACCUACUCGUGCCCAAAUCCAAAACCCCGAAAGCUUUCAACAGAGUUCGAUAGUAGUUCGCUUCGAUUGCCUAGCAGAUUGCCUUGAUGUGGACGAUCUAAACAACAGGCUUGUGGAAACUGUCCAUACGGUCGAGUCUAAGUUUUUCAAAACCCACCGUACAAAAAGAACCAAGAAGUUCUUGGACCAUAUACUCAAGCUUACGGAGGAGCUGCGAAUGAUAUUGCAGUCUCCAACAGACGCCGCAAAGUACCAUCAGAUCAAUAGACAGAUCUGUAAAAGCAGACAUGCGAUCAAGGAUACAAUCGAAAAUAAUCGUGACUCGAAAGUGUUUGUGAGAGAUCAGUCUAUUGGACGCAGACAGUUGACGCGUUUGAAGACCGAUCAGGACAUCAUUUCUUCUAAGCCCGAGAUCUUGAGUGAGGUAGAGGAGUUUAACAGUUAAUACACCUCUAACCAAAAGCCUGUCGACAAUUUGACCAAAGAUCCUAGAGCCAAAUCGUCUCGACACUAUACCGAAGAUAUCCCAGACGUCAGCCUAUACGAGAUUAGUAUGGCUCUCAAACAACUCAAGAACAACAAAGCACCAGGUGAUGACUCUGGUAGUACCAUGUUCAAUGACCUCAGCAGAGUUUCUCAACGUGUCGGCCUUAAAAUGAACAUGAGUAAGACGAAGAUAAUGUCUAAUGCUCAUGUACCGCUUCACCCAGUUAUUUUUGAGAGCUCUGCGCUCGAAAUCGUAGAUGAAAAUAUAUACCUAGGACACACACUCCAGUUAGGUAGGUCCAAUUUCGAGAAAGAGGUGAAUCGCCGAAUCAAUUAACUUGGUUUGCCAGCGUUUGCGAAAUUCCGCGACAUUUUUUCGUCCAAAAUUCCUCAGUGCCUGAAGACGAAAGUCUUCGAACAGUGCGUGUUGCCAGUGAUGACCUACGGAUCCGAGACUUCGCUAAAAGUGGGCCUCAUUAGAAGGCUCAAAACCACACAGCGGGCGAUGGAACGAGCUAUGUUUGGGUAUUCUCUGUGUGAUCGAAUCAGAAAUGAGGAGAUACGCAGACGAACCAAAGUCAUUGACGUAGCUCAACGAGUCGGCAAGCUGAAGUGGCAAUGGGCAGGCCACAUAGUUCGAAGCUAAGAACGUUGGGGUCAGCGCAAUAUGUUCAGUCCUGGCGGGUAUCACUACGCACAACGUCCGCGCUCCUCUGGAGCGGCUAUCACGCACUCGCUCACGCGGCGGCGGCGGCGGCAGCGGCGGCGGCGCGAGGGUUAA